AUGGAAGAAUCCAUAAACACUGACGAAGCACGAGCGACACUUCAAAAAUCAACGCCUCUGCAACACCGUAUAGUCGUCACCCCGGGUGGCACUAAAUAUUGGAUACCACAGUGCAAUGUUGCAAUCGUGCCUCAUAGAGGACAGACAUUUGAUGGGCUCAACGAAGCUGUCACUUUCUAUUGUGCCUAUGCGUCUACAGUCGGGUUUGACGUUAGGCAAAGCACAUUGUUGAAAGCAAAAGAUAAGACUCUGGAAAUUGAUAAAUGCACAGAGGUGGUGGCACUCUCGGCACAACCAGAUGCACAAUAG